UUCUUUGCGUGGAAAUUGGCGACCGGAGCCGCCAGGUACCUCCUCCCGGCCGCGGGACCGCCGCGCCCGGACCCUCCGCUCCCGCUGACAGGAUGCGUGCUGCGGGACGCCCGGCCUCGGCCAACUAGGAGGGGACAGGCUGCUCCGCGGGUCGGCUCGCCGGGACUCACCCACCCUGGAGGGGAGACACACCGGACACAGGAAUUCAAGAUCACACAACCAGCAGCUUCAGUGGAGAAAAACUAUUUUGCUGGCAACUCUUUUUAAAGCACCAUCAUUUUAAAUCAGUGCGCUCUUAAACUAUUGACAGGAGCUUUGACAACAAGACAGGAUGCCUCAUAAAGAGGGAAGACUUUAACUAGUGACACGCAGAUGUGCGAGUCCCUAAAUUGUAUGAGAGGACAGUCCACCCUGCUUUCAGACUGCUAUAGGCGACCCCCGUGGGAUACUGCUCUAUCAGCCCAACAUGCAGAACAGUCACAGCGGCGUGAACCAGCUCGGCGGGGUGUUCGUCAACGGGAGGCCGCUGCCCGACUCCACGCGGCAGAAGAUCGUGGAACUCGCUCACAGCGGCGCCCGGCCCUGCGACAUCUCCCGGAUCCUGCAGACCCAUGCAGAUGCAAAAGUCCAAGUGCUGGACAAUCAAAACGUGUCGAAUGGAUGUGUGAGUAAAAUUUUGGGCAGGUAUUACGAAACUGGCUCCAUCAGACCCAGGGCAAUCGGAGGUAGUAAACCGAGAGUAGCGACUCCAGAAGUUGUAAGCAAAAUAGCGCAGUAUAAACGAGAGUGCCCCUCCAUCUUUGCGUGGGAGAUUCGAGACAGAUUACUAUCAGAGGGGGUCUGUACCAACGAUAAUAUACCCAGUGUGUCGUCGAUAAACAGAGUCCUACGCAACCUGGCUAGCGAAAAGCAACAGAUGGGUGCCGACGGGAUGUACGACAAGCUAAGGAUGCUGAACGGGCAGACGGGGACCUGGGGCACCCGACCCGGCUGGUAUCCCGGCACCUCGGUACCCGGGCAGCCUGCACAAGAUGGCUGUCCGCAACAGGAGGGAGGAGGGGAAAACACUAACUCCAUCAGCUCUAAUGGAGAAGAUUCAGACGAGGCCCAAAUGAGACUCCAGCUGAAAAGAAAGCUGCAGAGAAAUAGGACAUCCUUUACCCAAGAGCAAAUCGAAGCCCUUGAGAAAGAAUUUGAGAGGACCCACUAUCCCGAUGUGUUUGCAAGGGAGAGACUAGCUGCUAAAAUAGACCUGCCCGAAGCAAGGAUACAGGUAUGGUUUUCCAACAGAAGGGCCAAGUGGAGAAGGGAAGAGAAGCUGAGGAACCAGCGAAGACAAGCCAGCAACACUCCCAGCCACAUUCCCAUCAGUAGUAGUUUCAGCACAAGCGUUUACCAGCCGAUCCCGCAACCAACCACCCCCGUUUCCUCUUUCACAUCAGGUUCCAUGUUGGGCAGAACGGACACGGCGCUCACAAACACGUACAGCGCGCUGCCGCCCAUGCCCAGCUUCACCAUGGCCAACAACCUGCCUAUGCAACCCCCGGUACCCAGCCAGACCUCCUCCUACUCUUGCAUGCUGCCCACCAGUCCAUCGGUGAAUGGACGGAGCUAUGAUACAUACACCCCUCCUCACAUGCAGACACACAUGAACAGCCAGCCAAUGGGCACCUCUGGCACCACUUCCACAGGUCUCAUUUCCCCUGGAGUGUCAGUUCCAGUUCAAGUUCCUGGCAGUGAACCUGAUAUGUCUCAAUACUGGCCAAGAUUACAGUAAAACAUGUGUUAAUUCCGUAAAUGACUAUAUGGACAACAGUUGGAUGUUCCGCAGUAUUUUAUAAAGGAAGAAUGGCUCUCAGAGUACUUCUGUACUGCAACUGUGCCCUAUGCUGUAACACAUGGAAAAGACUUUCACAUGGACCUUUGUACACUGAAGGCAUUAUAUCAGUUGGAACAAAUCUUCAUUUUGGUAUCCAAACUUUUAUUCAUUUUGGUGUAUUAUUUGUAAAUGGGCAUUUGUAUGUUAUAAUGAAAAAAAAAAAGAACAAUGUAGACUGGAUGGAUGUUUGAUCUGUGUUGGUCAUGAAGUUGUUUAAAAAAAAAAAGAAAAGGAAAAAAAAAAAAGAAGCCAUGAUCAACAAGCUUUGCCACGAAUUUAAGAGUUUUAUCAAGAUAUAUCGAAUACUUCUACCAAUCUGUUCAUAGAUUAUGGAUUGACGUUCCAAGUUUGUAUCAUUCCAUUGCAUAUAACUGAACCUGGAACAAUACGCACUAGAUUUAUGUAAGAAAAAUAUCUGUUGGUAUUUCCAAAGGUUGUUAACGGCUGAAGCUAUGUGCAAACAGGGGGUAAGAGAGAGCUUCGAUGAAGAAAAGAGUUUGAUAGAUAAAAGGUAGAUUGUGUCUUCGAUAUAAUCCAAUUUGUUUUAUGUCGAAAUGUAAGUAUUUGUCUUCCCUAGAAAUCUCCCAGAAUGAUUUCUAUAAUAAAGUUAAUUUCAUUUAUAUUUGACAAGAAUAUUCUAUAGAUGUUUUAUACACAUUUUCAUGCAUCAUACGUUUCUUUUUGGUCGGCAAGAGUUAAUUGUUCUUAGAUAUAGUUGUACUACUGUUCACAGUCCAAUCAUCUUUGUGCAUCUAGAAUUCAUUCCUAAUCAAUUAAAAGUGCUUGCAAGAGUUUUAAACUUAAGUGUUUUGAAGUUGUUCACAACUACAUAUCAAAAUUAACCAUUGUUGAUUGUAAAAACCAUGCCAAAGCCUUUGUAUUUCCUUUAUUAUACUAUUUUCUUUUUAACCUUA